UCGCUCAUUAAGUAUAUCAGUUGACUACUGACCUUAUGUUCGUUUUGCCAUGAAACGAAGUUGAUAAACCCCUUGUUUCAACCUACAAUACCACUUAGUUUGUUUCUUUAUUUAACUGAUAUCAGUAAAUCAUCCCUAAUUAGAUUAUUAGUAAAUAAAUGCAUGCUUCGCGUAUUUGCUUUGAAUGUAAUUUAAGGUAUUUGUCUACGUGGAUUUACGAGUGUCGUUUGUAUUAUUUUGCAACUUGAAAAAUGGCAAAAUGGGAAUAAUAUGCAGACGAAUCACACCUAUACAUCAUACAAUGAGACUUUACUCCAAUUAUAAAAAUAAGCAUUGCGAUAACAGUGUACGUUUUUAGAUAACCCGAGCAAUUGAUCAAUGUUUCUGCCUCCAAAAAUGACCACGUACAAUCUAUAACUAUAUUAUGCUCCAAAGGACAUUUCUUUCAAGUGAGUACAUGAGUAAAUUCUACGCUGGGAAUAAUUCAGGAACAAAGGUCAACCACCAAAUACGAUUUCUCGCUUCUUGGUUCAAAAAGCAUAAGUCAAUAUGAUACUGUUGACAAUUGCCACUGCACUAUUGAUCGGCACCUGUGCAAUCGUACACUAUUUUAAAAAUAAGUACAAGUACUGGGAAUCGAGAGGUGUGCCAUACGACAAACCAACUUUGUUCUUCGGCAGCUUCUGGCGCUUCUUUUUCGAAAGAGAUAACUUGAACAAGUACCUGGAGCGAACCGGAAAGAAAUAUGAUUCGCCUUAUUUUGGAUUCUUUAUAUUUAACAAGCCGAUACUGGUAAUCCAGGAUAUUGAGAUAGCGAAAAGGAUCUUCGUUAAAGAUUUCGUGUCGUUUCCAAACAAGCUAUUUUUUCCUGAUAAACAUUACGAUCCAAUAUUUAAUAAUU